UGUGUGUGUGUGUGUGUGUGUGCGUGCGUGUGUGUGUCUGUUAGCUCCAUUUUGUCCAGUGUGUAGCUGUCUUUUCGGUUGAUGUGGUGUAUUCUAGCCUUCUGGUAUUCCUGUAUUGCAAUGUGUGUCUGGUUUCAGAUGCUUCAAUUCCCAGUUGAUGUAGAUAAGUGCUGUCUUGUUGGGAGUAUAGGAUUAUUCUUUUUCAUCAUUUUAUCCUCUUCACUGAAUUGACAUUGCCAUCAUUAUGCAAUGUCCUUACUAUUUUUGUUGAGUGGUUUUUCGCUUGUAGUCAGUGUUAUCUGAUCAAAGGAGAGCUUCACUGCUCACAUUUGGUUUCCUCUGUGCAGCACACCUGUUUCCAUCUCUCAGGUUCAGUUCUGUUUUUCUCAUUACAUUUUCUUUUGCAGGAAGAAUAUUGAAGUCUAGUUUCCUUCUCCACUCAAGCACUCAGUGCUUGAGAAUCUAAUUGGAUUGUAGAUAUGGAAGUCUGGAGAUGGUGAAAAACCCUCCUGGAAAUGAAUAAGUAGAGUACCAGUGUAUCAACAGUGAUGCUUGUGGGCAGUGUAUCUACACUGAUUGAAAUUGCCAAGCUCCAGAUCUUGCAAUUUGCCCUUGGAUCUCAAUUUCUUUAUAAACAAACCACCUAUAUAGUCAAGGACAAAAAGUGAAUUGUAUGUUUGACCAGAUUUCCAAUGUGCAGGUUUGUUAAGUACCAUCUGCUUUUCAUGUGUAUGUGUGUAUGUGUCCUCAAGGUAUAAAAACCAGUGCUUACACUCUGAGUGCAGAUCUUGUAUGCCAUUGCUUAACGGAGCGAUUGUUAUAUAAUCUUGCCUGUGAAGAAUUCAGGCACUUAUUUUAGCAAAUACUCUUCAUUUCUCACUGUUCUUUGGAGAAAAUCAUUGGCUGUGUCAUUUUUUUUUCCUGGACUAUGUGAAAACACGCCCUUUCUGUGGGUGGAUUUUUUGUUUAUUCCUUCCGCCUUUAGUACACAGCUCAGAGUCCAAUUAACGGUGUUGCUCAGGCUACAGCCAAUAAUGUCCACUGCAAUGAAGACAGGUCUCCUUCCCCUGUGUGUGUGCCUGCUGCUGGCCUCUGGCUCAGGUGAGGCAGGCAAGCUGCUGGUGGUCCCCAUGGAUGGCAGUCACUGGUUUACCAUGCGCUCGGUGGUGGAGAAGCUCAUUGAGAGAGGGCAUGAGUUGGUUGUCGUCAUGCCAGAGGUGAGUUGGCAACUGGGACAGUCCCUGAAUUGCACAGUGAAGAGCUACAAGACGUCUCACACCCUGGAAGAUAUGGACCGUGUGUUCGAGGAUUUUGCCAGAUAUCAAUGGAAAGUUCGAGAGGACAACUUAUUUAACGUUAAGAAGGGUCCAUUGUACAAUUUAUUUGAACUCAUUUUUUCGCAUUGUAGGAGUUUGUUUAAUGACAAGAAAUUAGUGGAGUAUUUGAAAGAAACUUCUUUUGAUGCAGUGUUUCUGGAUCCUUUUGAUACGUGUAGCUUAAUAAUGGCCAAAUAUUUAUCGCUGCCAUCUGUGGUGUUCACCAGGGGAGUAUUUUGCCACUAUCUUGAAGAAGCUACGCAGUCUCCCCAUCCUCUUUCUUAUGUUCCUAGAGGUCUGUUGAGCUUCUCAGAUGUCAUGACCUUCAAAGAGAGAGUUUGGAAUCAUAUCACUCAUUUUCAAGAGCGUUUAUUUUGCCACCAUUUUUUCAAAAGUAUUUUAGAACUUGCUUCUGAAGUUUUCCCAGAGCCCGUCACACUCUAUGACCUCUUCAGCCACACCUCAAUCUGGCUGAUAAGAACUGACUUUGUGUUUGACUAUCCCAAACCUGUGAUGCCCAACAUGGUCUACGUGGGUGGUAUUAACUGCCAUGAGGGGAAACCUUUGUCGAAGGUGAGUUCUAGCUCCUUUAGCCUGGAGGGAGUAUUGGUUUUUUUAUUAAUAUAAAAAAAACUGUUCAGCUCUGAUUUAUGCUUUAAUUUAAUUGUUCCAGUUUGAAAAAAUGUACAGUGUGGAUUUCUUAUUUGGCGCAUUAACAUUGUAAAGCUU